AUGAAGGCGCCGGAGGCAGAAUCAGAGCGCUUGGAAGAUUGGGGUUGGGAGGGCCAGCCCAGGCGAGGAGCUGUGAACCUGCCCCUCCAAACUAACACUUCUCCCCUCCCUUCCUCACACCAAGCCUGGCUCUCUUUUCUAGAAUGCCCUGCCUUGCUGCUCCUGCUGUCCUUGCUGCUGCUUCCUCUGGGCCUCCCAGUCUUGGGCGCCCCUCCAUGCCUCAUCUGUGACAGCCGCGUCCUGGAGAGGUACAUCCUGGAGGCCCGGGAGGCUGAAAAUGUCACGAUGGGCUGUGCUGAAGACUGCAGCUUCCGUGAAAAUAUCACCGUCCCAGACACCAAGGUUAACUUCCAUGCCUGGAAGAGGAUGGAGGUUGAGCAGCAGGCCUUGGAUGUCUGGCAGGGCCUGGCUCUGCUCUCAGAAGGCAUCCUGCGAGGCCAGGCCCUGUUGGCCAACUCCUCCCAGAUGUCUGAGACCCUGCAGCUACAUGUGGACAAAGCCAUCAGUGGCCUGCGCAGCCUCACCUCCCUGCUUCGGGCACUGGAAAGCCAGAAGGAAGCCAUCUCCCUUCCAGAUGCAGCGGCCUCUGCUGUUCCACUCCGAACAUUCACUGUUGAUACUUUGUGCAAAUUUUUCCGAAUCUACUCCAAUUUCCUGCGGGGAAAGCUGAAGCUGUACACAAGGGAGGCCUGCAGGACAGGGGACAGGUGAUCAGAUGCUCCCACCCUGGGCACAUCCACCACCUUGCUCACCACUACUGCCCAUGCCACGUCUCCCACACCACCACUCCCGACCCCCAUCAAGGGGCUAUCAGCUUAGCACCAGCCUGUCCCAAGGACACUCCAGGACCAGCGGUGACAUCUUAGGGGCCAGAGGAACUGUCCAGAGUUCAACUCAGAUCUAAGUGUGUCACAGGGCCAGUCUAAGGCCCUGAAGCAGGAAAAAUUCAGAGGAGAUCAGCUUAAACUCGGGACGGUGCCAUGAUGGAGAGACACCAAACUCAUCUCCAUGCCCUACAGAACUGUGAUGCCAGGACAAGCUGGAGGGCAAACACCUCUUUUUGCACCUACCAAGCAGGGAUAGGAUGGACUGGAGAAUUUAGGUGGCAAGUCAUGAAUUCUCUAGGUCUCCAUGGAGGACUCCAUGACAGCAAGAUCCCCCUGGAUAAUGAAGGUGGUGGGAGCCAUGAGGAUGGGACGGGGCUGGCCCCUGGCUUUGUAUGUUUUUGUGUGUUUUUCAAUCUCACUGGCAAC